CUGCGACACUGCUAAUUGGAACAUGAUCCUAAAGCAGAUGUUCCGUGGAGUAUCCGCAUGUUCGACAGGACUUGCAAUUUUAUGCCGGGUGGUCAAACCUUCGUCUGCACGGAGGAGCAUAUGUGCUACUUCAGUAAACUUCCACACGGACCAAUACCGACUAGCUAGCUCUGCGUUUAGCACCAGACUUCUGUCUAAACCUUUGGCGACUACUAUAGCGGUGUUCAAAGGGAACAUGGAUUCAUGUCACCUUUCCGACUCUGCCUCCGCAGACUCGAGACAGAGAAUAGUUUGGGUCGACCUAGAGAUGACGGGACUAGACAUAGAAAAAGAUGAGAUCAUUGAAAUGGCUUGCAUCAUCACAGACUCUGAACUGAACAUCCUGGCAGAGGGACCAAAUCUGAUCAUAAACCAACCGGAUGAGCUCCUAGAUGGAAUGUCCGAGUGGUGCCAGACACACCAUGGCAGUUCAGGCCUGACACAAGCAGUUCGGGACAGUAAGAUUUCUCUUCAGGAUGCAGAGAAGGAAUUCCUGUCCUUCAUCAAAAAGUACACCCCUCCUCAUCAAUGUCCGCUUGCAGGAAAUUCAGUCCACGCUGACAAAAAGUUUCUGGACAAAUAUAUGCCCCAGUUCAUGAGCCAACUCCACUACCGCAUCAUCGAUGUCAGCACGGUCAAAGAGCUGUGCAGACGGUGGUAUCCUGCGGAGUACAAAAAAGCCCCUUCAAAAAAAGGAUCUCAUAGGGCACUGGAUGACAUUCGGGAGAGCAUCAGUGAACUGAAGUUUUAUAGAAAAGCCAUUUUCAAAACACCGCAUCACUGACCAGGAAGUUGGAGUUAGGCACUUAAGCACAUCAUUUGACAUUAUUGUGGUUUUUGUUGAGUUGUUUGUAUACAUCUGCUGGGUUUUGCAGUGUGCUUUCAAAGUGUUAAUAUUUUUAUUUUUAAUGAUUCGUUGUCUGAUAUAAGCUAAGGUUUAAAGCACCGAACUACAAACAAUGACAUUCUAAGGAAACUUCAACAUUCUGCAAAUCCAGCAUCAUUCAACCUCACAGUGUUUUCUGAUGGUCAAAAACAUUUCCAAAACUAAACGUUAACAAAACUAACUAAAGCAUGUUCGUAAAUGUGAAUCACAAUAAAUGAUGUUGUUUUGUA